AUGAUCGCCAAGUGCAUGCAGAAGCAGGACGGAGGCUCGGUGAAGGCCGCCUCCCGGCUGGUCUUCAAAGCAGUCCAGAUCCUGCAGGGCGCGCCAGGACACAGUACUCCACACGCCGAGAACUUCCCAGCUAAGAGCUGGCUCUUGCCCAUCGUGUAUACCCCUGGUGCCCUCAGAGAGCAGGCACAGAAUCAGAGCUUGAAUGAAUCUAUGGAACGAAAAAGGGAGGAGGAAAGCAGAGACUCCCCACCACACGAAGACCACAAAAACUGCCCUGCUGUGAGCCGCUGGCCACCUGCCCACACCCUCUGGGGAAGCAGCGGCAAGGCGGCAGACACCUGGGCCCUGGCGGGGCAGCAGGCCGAGAGAGCAGGGCAGAGGGCAGCGGCCGAGGAGGACGGUGUUCCGGGAGGAGCCUGCCAGCCCCUCCGGCGGGUCCCUGUCCUGAGGAGUCCCCACAGCUCCGUCGCCUGCUCUGGUAUUUGCCAUGACUCCCCCCGGGACGCGUUCGGUGGAGUCACCGGAAAGCCCCACCUCGGAGCCUUUGCCUGCUGUCCCCUCUGCCUCCCAGUGACCAACCGUUUGGUUUGCUCGGGACUGAGGGCUUUGGGGAUUCUGGACUUUAAAGCUGGGAACCGGGGACAGAUUGGUCAUCGUCCUCGCUCCCCCAUCCUCAUUCGGGUCUGGGUCCACUAG